CCCUCGGAAGCUUUUAGUGCUGCAGCAGAAGCCACUCACCGACCGAACCGGCAAAUCACCAUGAGCGACGCGGCCAUCUCAUUCGCCAAGGACUUCCUGGCCGGCGGUGUGGCCGCUGCCAUCUCCAAGACUGCUGUAGCCCCCAUUGAAAGGGUCAAGCUUCUCCUGCAAGUCCAGCAUGCAAGCAAACAGAUUACCGUUGACAAGCAGUACAAGGGCAUUAUGGACUGUGUUGUCCGUAUUCCCAAAGAACAAGGUUUCGUGUCUUUCUGGCGUGGUAACCUUGCCAACGUGAUCCGAUAUUUCCCAACUCAGGCCCUCAACUUCGCCUUCAAGUACAAGCAGAUUUUCUUGGACAAUGUUGAUAAGAGGACCCAGUUCUGGCGCUACUUUGCCGGUAUCCUGGCAUCUGGUGGUGCUGCUGGUGCCACUUCCCCUCUUGACUUUGCCAGAACACGGCUGGCUGCUGAUUUGGGCAAGGCUGGUGCUGAUCGUGAGUUCAAGGGCCUUGGUGACUGCUUAGUCAAGAUCUCCAAAUCCGAUGGUAUUAAAAGCCUUUACCAAGGUUUCAAUGUAUCUGUUCAGGGCAUUAUCAUCUACAGAGCAGCUUAUUUUGGAAUAUAUGAUACAGCCAAAGGAAUGCUUCCAGACCCCAAGAACACACACAUCAUUAUUAGCUGGAUGAUUGCUCAGACAGUAACAGCAGUGGCAGGUUUUGCAUCCUAUCCAUUUGACACAGUCCGUCGAAGAAUGAUGAUGCAGUCUGGCAGAAAAGGAGCCGAUAUCAUGUACUCUGGAACAUGA